AUGACGCCUACACCAGCACCAGUCGCCGCCGACUCGCACGGGCCGGACAGCGAAGCGCCAUCCAUUCCCACCCACCGCUUCGCCAAGCUCAAUCCUUUCAAGCCAUCGGACGAUGAAGGAGGCGACGACUUGGGUCAAGAGGCCGAUCUGGACCAUCUAGCCGGUGGAGGUCGCGUGAUCGGCAGCGCAGCAGACAUCGAUGAGCGCAAAAAGCUUCGCGUCAGUCAUGCCCUUCGCUCCUUUUUAGCUCAUCGCGCAAAGGAGAUUGCAGAGUCGGACAUUGGAGGAGACGAAGAGGAGACGAGGCACUCGGUCGCUGUGCAAAGUAUCCUCGCUCGAUCGCAGGUGCACCAACCGGCUUACGUCGUCGAUCGUACGCACCCGCUCACCGAGUACUUUAUCAGCAGCUCUCACAACACCUACCUCGUCUCCAAGCAGCUGUACGGCAAAUCCGAUGCCAAUGCUUACAAGGCGCAUCUGCAAGCUGGUGCUCGCUGCGUAGAGAUCGAUGCGUGGGAUAAUGAUCAGAGUCCAGACGAGCCCAAAGUGACGCACGGCUAUACGCUCACCGCGCACGUCCCCUUUAGAUCCGUGUGCAAAGCUAUAGCGGAGCAGGUGGAAGCGGAGAUUGCCGAGGCAAAGAAUCGCAACGAGCCGCUGCCCAAUCCGGUGUUCAUCAGUCUGGAGAAUCAUGCGGGGCCGGCGGGACAAGAACGCAUCUCUGCCAUUCUCAAAGAAGAGCUGCGCGACAAGCUGGUCACCGAGCCAGUCUCGCGCGGGCCAGACGGGCAGAGCGAUGCCACGCUAGGCGAUUUGGGUGGCAAGGUGCUGGUGAUGGUGGAGUGGUACGGUCAUACGGAUGCGGGAGAUGUGGCUGCCAUUACGGACGCCAAGGAAGAGGAGAGCAGCAGCAGCAGCGAUGAGGAGGAACGGGCGUACAAUGAGCGCAAGGCGAAAGCUCAGCAGUCCAAGAUCGUGCCAGAGCUCGCUGCAUUGGGCGUGUAUGCGCAGAGGUGAGCGCAAGGCUGAUGGAUGAGUGCGGAUCGGAUGUGAUGCUCCUGACACUCGCCAUCUCUCCCUCUCCCCCCACGCAGCAUGAAGCCGACCAGCAAUGCCUGGGUGCAGGGCACAUCCGACCCUUCCAGCACGCCGCACAAUGCACUGGUCAAUGUGGAAGAGCGAGCAGUGAAGAAGCUCAUCUCCGAAGGCGCAAGCCAUGGUCUUGUAUCGCACAACGCUAGCAACCUGAUGCGCAUCUAUCCCAAAGGACUCAGGAUCAGUGAGCAGGUAGUAGCGAAAGCUGGCUGAACAUGGUUCGCUUGCAAGACUGACUUGCCACGCUCCUCGCUUCGGGCCCAGAUUCCUCGAACCUCAAUCCUGUUCCCUUUUGGGGUGUCGGAGCGCAAGUGUGCGCUCUGAACAUGCAGACCUUUGACUACGCAGCUGGACUCAACGAAGCCAUGUUUGCGAACACUGACGGCUGGGUGAGCAUCGCAUCGCACCGCACCGCAUCGCAUCGCAUCGGUACGGGACAGUAUAAUUCGCAACGGGUGCUGACCGUGUGCCGUUCCUGUUUUCCUUCUACAGGUACUCAAACCGCCGCAUCUCCGCAGACAACCCGGGCCAAAGCCUAGCGGCAAAGUACAGCUGCGUCUAGAGAUUGCCGGAGCGACCGAUCUACCCGUUCCCGAUGAUCGCGAAAAGGACAUCAAGGUGCGUAUAGAUGUACAGAAGCGCUCUCUCUCUCUCUCUCUCUCGCGCUGGCUCUCUGAACCCCACUGACUUUUCCCGCUUUCCCUUCCCUUCUCCUGUCCUUUGCCCCAUCUAGCCAUACGUCACGUGCAGUCUAUACCAUCCUCAAGCCACCGGCUCGCCAGCAAAGCGCAAGACGAGCCACUAUCGACCUCACAAGCACAGGCAGCUCUUUGGCAAGGAGCAGCCACCUGCCACCAGUCCCAUUUGGGAUCCUCCCGAGCAGCUCGAAUGGCAAUUCGACAAUGACGACUUGGCCUUUUUGCGUAUCCUCAUCAAGAGCGACGGUGAGUGCAAGAAGCAAGCGAGGCCUUUGUCAUGCAUGCGGAUGUGUCGGGUAAAGAGAAAGAGAGAGAGAGAGAAAUCAAGCGUCACGCUCGCGCUGAUUACGCGCAAAAACCUACCUCUUCCAACCCCCUCACCUCACCGUAGACGCCUUUGCUCGCAACCCGGCCUUCUUGACCACCUCGAUCAGACUGACUUCUGCGCCAAACGGCCAGUGGACCUUUUUCCGUUUGCUCAAUCUGCGAGGUGUGCCCACAGCAGCCACGCUCCUAGCGCGCUUCACCCUCCGACAAGUCUGA